CUCAUCUUACGGGAGACUUUGUCUCGUCAUCUCAAACGACACCAGUUUCUAUCAGAGUUCGCCCUUAAUAUGUCAGCCAUCAAUAGGGAAAACGCUCGGGACGUAUUGUCUAACAUUCUGUCGAACCUCUCCACCCCAUCCUGGUGGUGGUCUGGAAGCCAUUAUCAAGGGUACCCUAGGUAUCAAGGACUUUUCGAUAUUGAUGAUACCCGGCCAUCUCAUAGACCAGGUCGCGACAUUGCUGCCGUCAGGGACUUGCUGUUCGCUUCUAUGCGUGAUGAGGUGUUCGAGAUAUUUGGAGAGCCGAAUAUGAUGCCGAGAAAGGAAACCCUUUGGAAAAAGGCAGGAGACAUUUCCAAAGCCCAGAGAGGCAUUUAUCUCCAUAUCAUUGAGGGUACCGACAACAGACUGCGAUUUUUCGUCGGGCAAUCCGACAACAUGUCUUUCCACAUUCGCCGGCAGCUACGGAACUCCCGCUACCGCCGGGAAAACUCAUCUCUCCACGGCUACGCCAUGCAAAAGAGCCGCUGGGACUACUUCGUCAUCCUCGCGGUCCUCCCGCCGGGCCCAACAGCAGCGGAAUUCACAGAUCAGGAGCAGGCACUCCUUGCCAACAUUCUCUGUAUGUGGUGCGCGCUACUCUCCUGCACGCUUCAGCCCAGCACGAUGGAGGGUUGGCAAGCAGGACAGGCCAACAGGAUGCCAUGGACUGGUUUGAACCUCGCCUGUCCGCUUGAUCACGGCGCAGAGGGCCAGUACGUCAAUUGGCGGCAUGCCCUCAGCGAGAGCGAGGAUUCACUCAAGAGAUCCUACGUAACCGAGGUGCUGGAUAAGAGGCGUGAGUUGACGCCUUUCCGCGGUCUCGUGCUCGGUUUGGGAAUAGGUGUCUUCGUUGCUGUCUGGAUAGCGUCGCUACGAUCACCCCACGGCCGUCGCGGGAAAUAAAGAGCGUGAUAGAGCCGAACAGCUGGACAAGGUGAUAUCUGGAUAGUCGACUCACAUUUUGAGCAGAGUUUGAACUUGCACAUGUGAUUCAUAGCUCUCUCUUCAUAUAAAAAGUGCGCAGGUGUCCGUCACCUAAGCGCUGAGUCGCAAUUUUGUGCCCUGGUAUUAUACGCAGCCACUCAUUCGGGUUACCACCUAAUACUGAUGUAUCGGAGAAGGCCUUAAUUGCAAGGUUUCGAAAGAAAGGAUUGAAGAAGCUGAAUGCGGUCAAUGCAUUGUUUCCAUUGACUCGGGUGGUUGAGUGGAAUGAGGCACGCCAGCCACACCCGACAGGUUGUCUUUGUUCAACAUUGCCGGAACGGAAUACCGUAUAUGAG